AUGGCUGCUCCUAUGGCGCUCAAACCACUCUCGCUGCACGUAAUCUCGGACUCCAUAUGCCCAUUCUGUUACAUGGGCUACAAACAACUCAACCUGGCCAUGGCCGCAGCGAAGAAAGAAAACUUGCCGCUGGACUUCAAAUUGCGCUUCAAGCCGUUUCUUCUUGACCCGACGCUGCCCACCGAUAAACCACUCAACAAACGCGAACAUUAUGACUCCAAAUUCGGGGCUGCCAAUUUUGCCAGGAUGGAGAAACAGAUGGCCGCCCGUGGGAAGACCGUCGGAAUCAACUUCUCUUACGGGGGCAACAUUCGUCAAACUAUUGACUCACAUCGCCUCAUUGAGAAAGCAUUCUUGGUUGGCGGAGAUGAGAAGCAGCGCUUGAUCAUCGAUGCGCUAUUUGGUGGCUAUUUUGAGAAGGAACAGGACGUGGGGGAUCACGACUUCCUUGCCGAAUGUGCUGUUCAAGCCGGCGUAUUUGCUUCUAAACCGGACGCGGUGGCGUUCCUGGCAACGGACGAGUUGAGAGAUGGGGUUCAAAAGGAUAUCACCGACGCAAAGAGAAUGGGAGUUGAAGGCGUACCGUUCAUCCUCCUCAAUAACAAGUAUGCAGUCUCUGGCGCUCAGGGCGAAGAGACUUUCCUUCAGAUCUUCCGCAAAAUUGCGGCGGGGGAGAAACUGGCGGCAGACGAAUCUUCAGAAGAUACUUGCUGA